AUGGUGACCCGAAAGCCGCUCCCAGAACACGCCGCCUUAGACCCCGCUGUUCCUCAACAAGGAAGAGACGGGUGGGUGCCAACCGGCACCGGGGAUGAAACGAUCUGGGAAAACGAGACAAGCCAGCGCCAGCUCGGCCAGGCGAGUAAUUCUUCAGGGCCGAGCCAUGUCCCGGACUCGCUUCGACCUGGUGGGCCUAUAGAUCUCUCGUUUGGGGAUGAGAGUAGCGUAUGGGCUGAGAACGUAUCUGCGCCGGCUGGAAAUGACGAUUUGAGCCGGGUCCCGUCAGUUCUGAGGCCUGGCAGCAGCCAUAGGAAGGAAGCUGGCAAUGCUCGGAACACGGAGACUACGCAUGACGGUGCGCCGAUACCCACUGUUCUCCGGCCUGGUAGUGGGGCGGCCAAACAAGAAACAAACCCUUUCAAGAGAAAGAUGUCCUUGAGCGCAUCGAGAGACGGGAGUCGAGAAGACCUGAGCAGACCGGCGGCAUCAGUAAACAACCCUCCAAUACCGCCGCUCCCUGUGGACGCCUUCUCGCAGCUCAAUAUCAACGACUCAAGCACGAAUCCCUGGCAACCGGGGCUCAAUCAGAGAGACGUGGUCGCACCGCCACCCCUUCCAAGCUUGCCAGGGCAAGAUUCUAACAGGGAGGAUAUAUGGGGCCCUUCACAACCGUCACAGGCCGUGCCGGACCCAAGAUCAAGCUCGCCGGCUCUCUUAUCCAUGCCAUCGGAUGAGGGAUCCGCUGGCUGGGAAGAUGUCUCUCAGAAGCCAACUGUAACUGCACCGCUUGUCACAACGGCUGAUGGCGAGGCUCUGGGGGAUUCACAUGCGUGGGACGAUCUGGGGGCUGGCAGCAAAGGCAAGGCUCCAGCUCAAAUCCCUCCAGUGCCGGAUAAGGGAGCCCCCGGCCUUGACGAUUGGAACUUGAUUGAUCUAAAUACCCAAUCCGAGCUUCCUUCGAAACAGAGCCCAUGGGAGGACAUCGACGCCGGGAGUGACAAGACUGCGAAGGCCGCUGCAGAACAGCAACCAAACGCUGAGCAGGCACUUCCCGAGCUACCGCCACGGAAGUCGGUAGAGGCGCCGCUACUUCCCCCGCGCCCUGUUGACAAGUCGGAGACAUACCAAAUCAAGAAUAUCAACUGGCAUGAUGCGACAGCGGCGAAGAACCCACGGACCUCACCAAUUCUUGUCCAAAACGCGAAUGGACCCUGUCCACUAGUUGCGCUUGUCAAUGCCCUCAUCCUCACUACCCCGGCAGACAAGUCGAACACGGCGCUAGUCGAAACACUCCGAACGCGCGAGCAGGUCAGUCUUGGCCUGCUUCUAGAAGGCGUUUUUGACGAGCUCAUGUCAGAAAGACGGGCACAACCUGACGUCCCGCUGCCGGACGUGACGGAGCUUUACAACUUCCUUAAGGGUCUACACACGGGCAUGAAUGUCAACCCCCGUUACAUGCCCGCCCCGGAGGUCGUUGCGGCUUUCAAGCGCACAGCUGCCACCAACAACCUCCCCGCCGAUCGCAUUGACAUGAUUCCCGGGACGUUUGAACAUACCAAGGAGAUGGCCCUCUAUUCAACCUUUUCGAUCCCGCUCAUCCAUGGAUGGCUUCCUUCCAGGGAUGAAGCAGUGUAUGGAGCGUUUCAGCGGCAGGCAUCCUCGUAUGAAGAUGCACAAAAUUUACUCUUUCGCGAAGAGGAGCUGGAGGAAAAACUGAGCAGCACCCACGGCGACGGUCUUAGCGAGGAGGAGCAGCAGCUCUAUCAAGACAUCCUAACUAUCAAAUCGUUCCUCAGCAUAUCCGCGACACAGCUCACCAAGUUUGGACUGGACGUCAUCAAGACUUCAAUGAAGCCCGGCUCGGUCGCCAUCCUCUUCCGCAACGAUCAUUUCUCCACCCUUUACCGACAUCCCCAAACGCUCGAACUGUUUACCCUCGUUACCGAUGCAGGAUAUGCCGGCCACGCCGAGAUUGUGUGGGAGUCCCUCGUUGAUGUCAAUGGUGAGAGCACAGAGUUCUACUCUGGCGACUUUCGAGUUGUUGGCGGCGCUUCGCACGAGCAGCCGGGGCCAUCCCGGAGGAGAAUGUCGGGCAACUGGGAGGACGAAGCGGCAAGGGACGAUGGCUGGACCACAGUCCAGAAUCGCCGCGAGAACCGUCGCGAGAACCGCAUUGGCCUUCAUCAAAGUACUCGACAACGCAGCGCAAGCCAGCCUCUCCUCUCACCGGCCCACGAACAAGAAGACCGCGAUCUCGCCCUGGCCUUGCAGCUCCAAGAGGAAGAAGACGCGCGCGCCCGUGCGGAGCAGGAGCGUCGUCGGAGGGAGAGCCUUCUGUCAGAGCGCUUCAUCGAGCAGCAGGCCCGCAACCCCGCCGGCGCCGCCGCCGCUAGCAACCACACCCGUGUCGCUUCGCAAAGCACCACCUCCCUCGGCUCAUCCUCCACUGGCACUUCAGCCACGGCCACGGGCCGUCGCACGUCAGGAAGCACUGCCGCCCGCCCCGGCGGCACCAACGCGUCAUCCACCUCGGUCGGGUCCAACAACCCCGCCGCAUCAUCAUCGCGUCCCCGCCCCACUACCCAAACCGUCCGCUCCCUUCUGCCCCCACCGCGCACAACACGGCCCGCAGAGGAGGGCCUUGACGACGCCCCGCCUAGCUACGAGCAGGCCGCCCGCCAGAACCCGUAUGUGCCCCCCGUCGGACACCCAAAUCACCCGGCUAGCAGCCCGCUGUCGCCGCGCUCG